AUGAGUAACACUUGCUCGGAUUUGCUAAUUCUUAUAAAUAUUGGUGUUAGGCCGCGGGCGGCUCCCCCUCCAACUUUUGUUAAUGUUUAUUGGUGGCCUCUGACCAAUAACUGGAUUAAGGUUAAUACGGACGGGUCCGCCUCUGGAGCGCCGGGGCAAAUUGCUGCACGAGGCAUUUUUAGAGAUAAAUUUUGUUCGGUCAAGGGCUGUUUUCAUAUCAAAGGGGGUCUCGGUUAUGCCUUUGAAGCCGAGCUUCUAGCGGUUAUUACUGCCGUGCAAAUUGCUCACUCUAGAGGUUGGAACUAUUUGUGGAUCGAGUCGGAUUCUACCUACAUCGUCCGGCUGCUGCAUUCUGGAUAUUUGGCUGUUCCUUGGAGGUUUGCGGCUUUGUGGUCUAAAGUCUUGGAUAUUAUUAAAGGAUUUCACGUUCAUGCCACGCAUAUCUAUAGAGAGGGAAAUAAAGUGGAUGACAUUCUUGCGCACAACUCGAUGCCUGAGGGGUGGUGGCCGUUUGAGAUUGAUAUUAUCAAAGAUGUUGUUUGCUUGGACAUCUCGACUCAUAGCCAUCUUCGAAGGGUGGAUUAA